AUGGAGGAGAACGAGCAGCGCCCGGGGGCCGAAGGCGCCGAGCAGCAGCAGCAGCAGCAAGAGGAGUCCAGCAGCGGCAGCGAUGGGGAGCCCACCCGGCGGAGGGCGAUGAUCCUGCCUCGGGUGCUCCAGGAGCCUGGCAACCAUCAGCACCCGCCGCAUCGGAUCACCAACUUUUUCAUCGACAACAUCCUGCGGCCUGAGUUCGGGCGAAGGAAAGAAGGCGGCACCUGCGGAGGCGGCGGCAGCGGCAUUAGCGCGGAGCAGCAGCAGCAGCCGCCGCCGCCGCAGCAGCUCCUCGCUGCCCAGAGCCCCUCCGCGGCGCCAGCCUCCGGGUCCCCGACCGAAGGAGGUGACGGUGGCGGCUCCAAAGCUCUACCCCCGGCCAAGAAAGGAAACGACUCUGGCACUCUCGACGGAGCCUUGAAGUCCCGCAGCGGGGGUGGCAGCAGCGGCGGCGGCGGCGAUCAGUCGCUUAGCUCAGACUCGGACAGCUCCCAGGCCAGCUCCUUCCCCAGCGGGCAGCCCAUGCUGUGGCCAGCCUGGGUCUACUGCACCCGCUAUUCAGACAGGCCUUCGUCAGGCCCCCGAUCUCGCAAACCAAAGAAGAAGAACCCCAACAAGGAGGACAAACGGCCCCGGACAGCCUUCACCGCCGAACAACUGCAAAGACUCAAAGCGGAGUUUCAGACAAACAGAUACUUGACAGAGCAGAGGAGGCAGAGCCUGGCGCAGGAACUCAGCCUCAACGAGUCUCAGAUCAAAAUCUGGUUUCAGAACAAACGGGCGAAAAUCAAGAAAGCCACCGGCAACAAGAACUCCCUGGCGGUUCAUCUCAUGGCACAAGGACUGUACAACCACUCCACGGCCUCGAAAGACGGCAAGUCAGACAGCGAGUAG